AAAAUGAAGCAUAACCGGGUUACUGAGCUUCCAGAGGAUUUCUGGAUCCCCAUCGCUCUUGAUACGGACAACAUCACGUCUCUCAGCCCCUUCCUCAUCCCCCAGGACCACCUAGCAAGCUCAAGCACCUACUAUGCAAUGGCCUUAUACAUGUUCUUUAUAUUUGCUGCUGGCACUACUAUCAAUGCCCUCACCAUCGCAUGCACCGUCAAAUACAAGAAGCUCCGGUCCCACCUCAACUACAUCCUGGUGAACUUGGCUGUGGCAAACCUUCUCGUGGCCUGUGUGGGCUCCUUCACUGCCUGCUGCUCCUUUGCAUCCAGAUAUUUCAUCUUUGGACCACUUGCUUGCAAAAUUGAAGGUUUUGUGGCAACACUUGGAGGUAUGGUAAGCCUGUGGUCUCUGGCUGUGGUAGCUUUUGAAAGAUGGCUGGUCAUCUGCAAGCCACUUGGAAACUUUAUUUUCAAGCCCGACCAUGCUUUAGCUUGCUGUGCAUUCACCUGGGUGUUUGCACUGAUUGCCUCGGCUCCUCCACUGUUUGGAUGGAGCAGGUAUAUCCCAGAAGGCCUGCAGUGCUCCUGUGGUCCAGACUGGUACACCACAAACAACAAAUACAACAAUGAAUCCUACGUGAUGUUCCUUUUCUCCUUCUGCUUUGCCGUUCCCCUCGCCACAAUUGUCUUCUGCUACACUCAGCUGCUCAUUACACUGAAAAUGGCAGCUAAGGCCCAAGCUGAGUCUGCCUCCACCCAGAAGGCCGAGAGGGAGGUGACCAGGAUGGUGGUUGUCAUGGUUCUGGGCUUCCUGGUGUGCUGGAUGCCCUAUACCAGUUAUUCUCUGUGGGUCGUGAACAACCGUGGGCAACCAUUCGAUCUGAGAUUUGCUACUAUUCCAGCCAUCUUUUCCAAGUCCUCUACAGUCUACAACCCAGUUAUCUAUGUUUUACUCAAUAAACAGUUCCGCUCAUGCAUGAUGAAGAUGUUGGGGAUGGGUGGAGGUGACGAUGAAGAGUCCACGACGCAGUCAGUGACUGAAGUCUCCAAAGUUGGGCCUGCUUAG